AUGGAUUGUUUCCUAGCUUCAACUACUACUUACAAUGUAGUUAAAUUUGGAGCAAAACCAGAUGGAAAAAGUGAUUCAACUGAGGCAUUUGUAAAUGCUUGGAAAUCAGCUUGUUCUAGCUUAGUUCCUGCAACAAUUUAUGUUCCAAAAGGGAGGUACUUGUUGAACACCAUUAACUUUCGAGGGCCAUGUAAGAGGAAGGUGACAUUUCUCAAUGGUGGAACACUUGUGGCUCCCGAAGAUUAUAAUGCAAUUGGAGAUUCAGGGUUUUGGAUUUUGUUUAAUCAUGUUGAUAAUCUCGUUGUUUCUGGAGGGAAAUUGGAUGCUAAAGGAGUCGGGUUUUGGAAUUGUAGAAGAUCCGGGAAGAAUUGCCCCGUUGGAGCUAGGACAGUGACAUUCAAUUGGGUGAAUAACUUGGUGGUUAGUGGCAUUACUUCAAUUAACAGCCAACUAAGUCACCUAGUAAUCAACACAUGCAACAAUGUUGUUGUGAAAAAUGUGAAACUUAUUGCACCAGACAAGAGCCCAAACACUGAUGGAAUUCAUGUUGAAAAAUCAAAUGGGGUUACUAUAAAUGGUUGUACAAUGCAAACAGGUGAUGACUGCAUAUCAAUUGGUGAUGCCACUUACAAUCUCUUCAUGUCAAAUAUUAAAUGUGGCCCUGGUCAUGGUGUAAGCAUUGGAAGUUUGGGGCAAAAAGUGGAUGAAAAAGGAGUUGAAAAUGUGACAUUAAUAAAUGCAAUCUUCUUUGGAUCUGAUAAUGGGGUUAGGAUAAAAUCUUGGGCCAGGCCCAGUAACGGUUUUGUUAGGAAUGUUUUGUUUCAAAACAUCAUAAUGAAGAAUGUUGAGAAUCCCAUCAUCAUUGAUCAGAAUUACUGUCCCAACAAUCAAGGUUGUCCUGGCCAGACUUCAGGAAUUAAGAUUAGUGAAGUUACUUAUAAAAACAUUCAAGGAAGCUCAGCAACUGCAGAAGCAGUAACAUUUGAUUGCAGCCCAAGUACUCCAUGCCAAGGGAUCAAAUUGGAAGAUAUAAACUUGAAUUACAAAAACAAAGCUGCAACUUCAUCCUGUAACAACAUUGGUGGGACAAGCAAUGGAACACUGGUUCCAGAGAGUUGUCUAUUAAAUUAA